UUAACAUAUCAUCAUGUUCAACACUUCCUCUCUUCCAAUCAGCGCACAUAUGAAGCAAACACCUCCCGGUUGGGCUCAGCUGAUCUCACAGAGUGUGGCUGCAGAAAAGAAAAAAGCUGAUAAUAUCAGUUUUAGUAGAAAGCAGAAAUUGUGGCAGGAAGAACAGAGAUGCUCAGAGUGUGUAACACGAUGCUGCCAAGGUCUAUCAUUUGACAACCCCAACUUGGCUUCUUUAAAAUGGUUUUCAAGCUCUACAAGUUCACUGAGAGUUUCCUUUCAACCGUGACUGAAAAGAGUAUCUGUGGUGACUGGUGGCGGAGAACAAACGCAUUUUCAAAUCAGAUCAAAAAGAGGAAGCUUACUUAGGCCGGAGACAGUCAUGGUCCCUGAUCUGAGUGGGUGAUGGUGAGCUCUCUUCAUACUAGGAGUCACAGCCUGAGUCGGGGUACCUGAUGAGGUGUGCUACCAUAAAAAAGCUCCAGCUUAGCUCAGUGAAGAAGAGCCUCCUCCUCCUCUCCUUCCUCUGUGUUUUACCUCUGUCUCUUCUCAACGGUUGGCCUGGAGGACUUCAGACACUGACAGCUGUGAAUCCCUUCACCACUAGUAGCUGGAGCAGGGGUGAUAGAAACGUGACUAUCCUGCUGUGGUACUGGCCCUUUGGCAGGUCAUUCCGCCUGAAGGGCGAUGUUUGCUGGGAUCACUACCGCAUCCCUCGCUGCAGACUGGUGGAUCAGCGCUCUUUGUUUCCUGUGGCAGACGUAGUGGUGUUCCACAACCAUGAGCUGGUGCAAGGCCGCCAAAAGCUGCCCUUCGACCUUCCUCGUCCACAGGGACAGAGGUGGGCCUGGAUGUCCCUGGAGGCUCCUAUUUAUAAUGGAAACCUGCAUCAGUUCUCUAAUUUCUUCAACAUGACGAUGACCUACAGGAGAGAUGCUGAUGUCACUGUUCCCUAUGGCGAGGUGUUACCAAAGGAGGAUGAUAGUGUAGAGGAUGUCCUCCAGAAUAAGAGCGUUCAGGUGUGUUGGGUUGUCAGCAACUACAAGAGCCAGCAUAGGAGAAGCCAAGUGUACAAGAACCUCAGUGAAACCAUUCCUGUGAAGGUUUACGGCCGUUGGACAAAGAAACCCCUCACCUCCAGAGCCCUAAUACCCACAAUCUCUCGCUGCUACUUCUAUUUGGCGUUUGAGAACUCAGACGGCAAAGAUUACAUCACAGAGAAGCUGUGGAGGAACGCUUACCAAGGUGGGGCAGUGCCUGUUGUCCUGGGACCACCGUUAGAUGAUUACAAAGCUGUGGCUCCACCUAAAUCUUUCAUCCAUGUUGAUGAGUUUGCCUCAGUAAAAGAGUUAGGGGAGUAUCUACAACAGUUAGCAGAGGAUAAGAAACGCUACAGUCAAUACUUUAACUGGAAACAUGAGUGGAGAGUGAAGCUGUACACAGACUGGAGGGAGAGACUGUGUAGGAUCUGCUCACAGUACGACAGUUUACCUCCACAUAAAGUUUACUCUGACCUAGAGGCCUGGGUCAAUGGCAUUAGCACUUAGCUAGCACAGUAUUUGUUUGUGUUUCACCGUUAGCUUGUUUGACCUCAUUUUGUGUGUUUAGUGUUAAUCUUAAAGGUGACAUAUCACGCUUUUUUCAUCAAAAUAUAUUGGUCUAAGA